ACACAAUAUCGAUUCAGUCGUUAGUAGUAGUGCACUACCAGUGGCAGUAAACUUUAUUCGGCAACGUCAACAACAUCCCUGGGCCUAUAUAAUUGUACACGACUACAUCAUCAACGAUUUUGCUUUGUAUUUUCAAUAACAAUAUGAAGGUGCACAUUAGAAAGGGAAGCAGGCAGUGUGCUGUGUUUGUUGCUUUGUUACUUAUCGCCAUCACCAAUAAGUCUAAAACGUCUGCUAUUUUAGACAAAGAUAUGGUUUUUGAGUCAAUGGACAGUAUUGGUAAAAAUUUUAUCAUGACCUUUAUGGACAACCAUCAGACACAUACGUCUGAUCCAUAUUUGACAAUUACCGCCGUGACGGAGGGAAUAACAACAGUUUACGUAUACGGCAAAGCUAUUAGCAGUGUUUACACUAUAAACUAUGGAAGUAGUGUGUAUGUUGACCUGCCAAAUUCGAUGGUUGCCCGGACUGCAGACUCCCAUGAUGUAGCUGUGCAAGUAACCAGUGAUAAAGAUAUACACGUUGCCGGAAUCGACUCUGAUUCGACAACUACAGAUGCGUUUCAAGCAAUUCCCGUUGAUGCCCUCGGUACGGAAUACUACGUUAUGUCGUUCGAUGCCCCUUCAUUCGAAUUUUCCGAGUUUGCCAUCACAGCCGUACAAAACUUGACCAAUGUAACAAUUACGCUGUCACACUCUGUAAUUUUUGAAACCAGAAGCUACAUAAAAGGUGAAACUAUCACUAGGACCUUGGAGUUUAUGGAAACCAUUCAAAUUCAGAGCUUCGGUGAUAGUACCGGUACACACAUUGUAGCUGAUGCCCCUAUAGCAUUACAAUCUGGAUCAUCAUGCGCCUUUGUUCCGGCAACUAGUUCACCAUGUGACCAUCUAGUCGAAUUCAUACCGCCAGUGAAUGCAUACGGGUACGAAUUUGCUCUUGCGCCUUUUUUGAACACCCAGCCUGGAUACGUUUAUCGAAUACUAGCAGCGUAUGACAAUACAACAAUUCUAAUCAGUAGUCAGAGCGAUCCACUCACACUACAUGCUGGCAAACAUAAAGAUUAUGUUGUAAAUACAGUCUCACCUGUCUGGAUGACAGCAAGUAAGCCUAUUAUCGUGGCUCAGUACAUAAAAAGUGGCAAGUUAUCUACCGGAAAAGGUGACCCUGCUAUGGCUAUUGUUCCUGCCAUUGAACAGUACACAGGAACGGUUUCUUUCACUACUUUCAACGGCACUAGCUCAACGUCAUUUAACAGUUACAUUUCCAUAACAGCAGAAUGUCGAUAUUUCCAGAAUGGAGCUUUUAUGUUGUCCACUAAAUCAUUUAAUCAACGUACUGAUUUUUGGCGUUCUUAUCCUUUUGGCAACGGAAUGUGUUGCAGGAUUGGGUCCGUACGCCCAGGAUCGUACACAUUACGUCAUACAGAUCCCAAUGCUAAGUUUCUGGUACUACAGUACGGUAUCAAUACUCGAGUGUCAUACCUACUGCCAUCGCAGUACGCAGUUGACCGACUCACGUACAAGUCAGAUGACGGAGAGGUUAAGCUGAGAAAGCCAAUAAUUGGUGAAUAUAGUUUGGAUUGCCAAUUUGAAACGAACUUAUGUGGUUGGACUUUAUUAAAUGGUACGAACACACACUGGAUGCGUACUUGUGGUUUGCUAGAAGAAGGCGCUACCAACGUUCCUAAGAAUGGAGUUGGCGAAAACGAAUGUGACUACUAUGCUUAUAUUCGGGAAACAGGCAGCGUAACAUCCUUCAGUAAAGCGAGGAGUCCUGACUUUGUUCUGAAUAAUGAUUCCGCCUGUAUGUCAUUUCACUACUUCAUCAGUGGACCUAGCGGGUCAAUAACAUCUUAUUUAGUAUCUGAUGGUGUUGAGAAAAUGAUCUGGACACGCAGAGAUAACCAUGGUAACUUUUGGCAUCCAGUUAUUUCCACAAUCCAUGGAAUCACACCAGGAAAAACGUACUACAUUACUGUUGAGGCCCUGGCAGGUUCAAAUUUUACUGUUGCUAUGGAUGGAGUAAGUUUCUUAUUGGCUUUCCCUUGUAUUUUAGGUGACUACUAUGCUUAUAUUCGGGAAACAGGCAGCGUAACAUCCUUCAGUAAAGCGAGGAGUCCUGACUUUGUUCUGAAUAAUGAUUCCGCCUGUAUGUCAUUUCACUACUUCAUCAGUGGACCUAGCGGGUCAAUAACAUCUUAUUUAGUAUCUGAUGGUGUUGAGAAAAUGAUCUGGACACGCAGAGAUAACCAUGGUAACUUUUGGCAUCCAGUUAUUUCCACAAUCCAUGGAAUCACACCAGGAAAAACGUACUACAUUACUGUUGAGGCCCUGGCAGGUUCAAAUUUUACUGUUGCUAUGGAUGGAGUAAGUGUGGGCGAUGGGCCUUGUGGUGUGGCCCCUGCUAGAAUUACCACGAAACCCGUGAACGUUACUACAGUGUGGGGUGUAACAAAAGAGUUUGUCUGCGAAGUGUAUGGUCACCCAAAACCAGAGAUAGAGUGGCUAGAUGGCAAUGGACAAAAAAUACGCAACACUGAUAAAUUCUCGAUAGCAGAUACAGUAUAUCUUGGGGAGUUCGUUUAUAGGAGCACGUUUACAGUAAAUGGCGUAUCAAGCUUUGAUAAUGGGGAGUACUUCUGCCAAACAUAUAAUUCAUAUCGAUUAAAGAUUAUGAAGGAUCGAGCAGCGUUUCUUCUAAUGUCUUUUUCUAAAGUAAACAUCAUCAAACCCCCAAGAUCUGCAACAUUAAAUGUUGGUGUUAAUCACACGUUUGAAUGUUCUGCGUCGGGAGGCCCAACACCAACAUUCAAGUGGUUUCGUUCUGCGAACGGCGUUGCUUUCACCGAGAUGAGCAGCGACAACGAUCAUAUUAUUGUCGAACCGGCGGAAUAUAACGUGGCAACCAAGUCAUUUAUAAGUCGACUUAACAUUGUUGGUGUCAUUCGCGCUGACGAUGGAAAGUACAGAUGUCAGGCAAAGAACGUAGUCAAUAAACAGACGAUUACCAAAGAGGAGAAUUGUAACUUAUAUGUACUCACGAAGCCUGAUUCUCCUAACGACUUAGUUGCAACGCGAAUUACACCAAAUAGCAUCCAGGUGACAUGGGAUAUGGAUUUCACGGGAAAUCUUCCGCUUACUGAAUGUAUUUUAACAUACGUGGAUAGUUCUAAAGCUGGAUUUGCCUCACAAUUAGUGCACAUUAGUGUAGAAAAUAGCAAAUUCAUACUUGGUGGAGUUGACGCAUUAGUUCAGUACAACAUCUCGCUGAGUUGUAGCAACAUAAAGGGUGAAAGUGAACCAGCUUACGCAUCGUUCGUCUCAAAAAUGACUAAAUCAGCUGUGGUAACCGCAGUGACAAAUAACGAUGUUUCGCAGGCAGGAACCGCACAGGAAAAGAUCGUUUGCUUGGUUAAUGCUGCCCCAGCACCAACUGUAAACUGGUUCAAGUCGCCACCUGACACAACUCAAGGAAAAACAAAAAUCACAAAUUCUAACAAAUACACUGUUUCAGAUGUUAAAUUAAACGGAUAUAUGAUGUAUACCAGUACUCUUACGAUCAAUAAUAUCCAGAGUAGUGACACCGUGCAAUAUUACUGUCAAGCCACAAACGGAGGAGAGAACAGCGAAAAAUCAACACUAUUGACAGUUUUAGAUAAACCCGGGCCAGUGACAAACAUUCGAACUGAUAGUCAGGCGGAUAACAGUCUAGUUGUCUCAUGGACAUUUGGAUCUACUGGUAAUCUUCCGUUACAGACCUGCUACGUAACGUACAUCGAUUCAAAUGCGAAAACAUUGGCGCCCGAUAUCCGGUACAUUUCAGCGAAAUAUUCCAAACUAAGAAUCAGCUAUCUUAGACCGUCUACUUACUACAAUAUUACUGUUGCAUGUGGAAAUAAGAUCGGUUAUGGUCCUGCUGCAUCCCAGGCGUUUGCUAGAGUCGAUGGAAGACCAAUUGACCGAUACACACCCUCACCAACCACUCCCUCGACAACAACUUUCUCUAUCAAAGCAUCAGCUAUCUCAUUAACUUCAACUAGUUUACUUAUCAUCUGGUCUACGGGAACGUACGAUGUUAGAAAUAUCAAAGAAUGUUUAGUAAAAUAUAAAAAGUCAAACACUAAUAAUGAUCCAGUUGUUAAACAGACUAUCGAUCUACAGCUUAACAUGUUCACACUAGCAACACUUACUCCUGAAACAAAAUACGACAUCACCAUCACAUGUGAGAACACCCAGGGCAUAAAGUCAACGGACACAAUGGAAAUGGUUUCUACUAUGAAAAGUGACACAAUUGAAGGCAACGACAACAACUUACCAAACACGGGUAAAAGAACUAACAAUGAUACGGAUAACUCAUCGUCUUCUGUUGGCCUGGCCAUUGGGCUUACACUUGUUGCGUUGCUGCUCGUGAUUGUUGUGGCUGUGGUGGUAUUGAAACUGAGACAAAAACGUCCUGUAAAGAAAUCUGUUGAUGAGAAUGGCGACCCACUGGAUAUUUUUGCUUCUUCAAACUAAAGAUCAUAUUUUGAUAAUUAAGUAAAACGUUAAUUAAAAACAAACCACAUCACCAAGAAUCUAAAGCUUAUUUUAUCAAACCCCGCUGUAACAAUACUGUUUGAUUUGUAACAUAGGAUGCUGAGAGCCAGCACGCUGCCAUAGGGUAGUAGUCUAGUUAAAUCAUAUCUUAAAAUGUUAAAGAUACAUCAAGGCUAUUUAACUUAUUUAAAUAAUUGUGUUUGCACUUGUACAGCGCACAUUUGUUCAUUGUUUACAAAUAAAAUUGAUGAGAUAUAUGCGUAAUCAGUAAGCUCAUUCGUAGUUUAAAUUGCGCAUGUACGUAUACAUGGUCAAUUGACAUCAACCUAUGUUGUGUGUAUGUGUUAAUGUCGAUUGAGCUGGAUACAGGCAUGCGCAGUUCAAACGACGAAUUGGCUUAUUACACUCCCAGGAGUUUAUAGAUGUUCACACGUGACACUCAUGUUAAAACAGGGAUAAAGCGUGUUAGCUGUAAUCAUGUUAACUUAGGAGUAUAGAGCUAGUGUGAACACAACAAUUAUGUUCAGUUGACGCUGUAAAUUUUAAAAUUUAACAAACACCAUCACGAGGCUAUUUUUUAGUUCUCUUUAAUAAAUUAUAGACAACAUACUUUAUAUAUAAUCUUACCCUGCUGUACGUGGACACUUUAUUGGGGUAUCGUAAAAUUCAAUAAGACGUUUCGUAGUUAUAACUGAGCAUGUGUAUGUCGAUAGUCAAUGCAUAUAUAAGAACAUCGUACGGUGUAUGUGAACAGUAUUUAAAAAAAAAAUCGGACGUAUUAUUAUCUAUAAAUUUACCUUCCAACAGGCAUGCGCUGUUGGAACUAGGCUUACUGUUAUAUAUUUACAAAAUAAGAGUGAUAAGUCCGAAUUAUCAACUGAUACUGUACGUCCAUGCGUCGUGCAAACACAUAGUAAAUCUACGUUCUUCUACCAACGACGCCUUUACGUGGGCUACUAAAUAUAUUUUGGUUACGUAAUUUAUUAUCAGGACAAAAUAAUAACCUAGCUAACAAUCUUAUAUUUUACUAAGGUUACAAUAACGUUACAGUUACAGUACCCAACCACAACAUUUAUAAAGUUUGCAAACGUUUAACGAAUAACGUUUUAUUUGCUUGAAUUAUUAACAGUGCUGUCUAUAAUUUGAUUGAUUUUACUGCACUGUACAUAGUUUACAAACCUAAACAAAGUACGAGUGAAAACACAAUUAGUAAUAAUUAUAAGAUACGGCUACGCCAACCGCAGAUACACAGAUAAAUACGAGAUUAAACGCGACAUGAAUUUAUACAUGUUUUAGAUUGAGAGAAAGUUUAUUGUUCAUUAUAGCUUUAAAUGAACUGUUUUCAAAUUGCAGUAUAUAUAAUGAGAUAAUAUACAGAAGAAAUAUACUAUAGAUCAGACGGUAAUUUAAAACAAGUGAAAUAAGUAAGCUGUGUUUAUCGUACUUAAAUUUAGAAUGAUGUAAAUAUACAAGAGCGAGCUUUGAGAAACAAGAAAAAACAUUGUCUCGUUCAAUGGACCUUUUCGGUAAGCAACGCCCCAUGGGGUAGCUAAGGUCCAAUUAAAAGACAGUGUUAAAACAUACGCAAGCAGUGUGUUUGUGAGGAAAAUAUGACACGCACGUAUUCUUUGCCCUGUUCUAAUUGGCCAGUUGUGAGUUUGAGACUCCGGAAAGAUGCACUUUGAGCCCCAUUUUGUUGCAUCACCAGCAAUGAACUUAAAUAGCAGAAGAAUGAGUUGCUAUCUUCUGCUAUUUAUUAUCUUUGAUCCAGUCAUUUACUAACAAAAAAAAGAAUCAUUUUACCUUGCAAUUAAAACAGGGGUGGCGCCAGCGGGAGGACCAGGGUCCUCCGUCGGGGAGAGCUGUCUACAUAUUAGUAGACUCUUAAAAUCGAUUAAAUAAACCUUUGAAACCCCUAAUUUGUCGAAAUUUUCGGGGGCUUCGUUCCAGGAACACUUUCGGACCCUUUUAAUCGAAGCUCGACAACGCACACUUUGCUUUUGUCGGGGAAAGCUGACACCUCGUCGGAGGCGCCCCCCCCCCCCUCCCCGUAGGGCAAAUCCUGGCGCCACCCCUGAAUUUAAAGAAUGUUUAUACAUAACCACAACUUGAAACACUGCGUUUAUUAGAUAUUAUGUAUUAAAUGGAAUUUCAGAAAAAAAAAAUAUAAGGUACGUGUUUGUUAGCAUUUUUAGUAUACGAUUUCGAAAAAA